CAGAUCUGAACGCACUUUUGGACAGAUCGUUCACAACAUUCUCUUCCAACAAUGCAUCUCAGCGCCUAGAAUUAACUGCGUUUAUGAUUCACUAAUACCACCGAGACACCUGAAAGUUCUGGCAAGCUGGAAAAUACGUUGAGUCACAGCUCACGUUGUUUUCGCCAUGACGCGUCACAGUAGCUGUCUCACCUAAGUGUGCCACUGUGUGCUUUAAUACGUGUGUGCUCAGCAGAGCGUUAUUGACAGUAAACCUACGCCAGAUAGCAUAUCAGCUGGCAUAUGUGCUGCUGUAGGAGAAAUAAUUAAAUGUGUAUAUGUGCUAUAAUAUACACAUACCAAUAUGCAGCAGUGCAGUCGUUGGUUGGGGGGCAUGUAUGAGAGUCUUACGCGGACCAAGAGACAGUAUCUAUUGCCACAGGAGGGAGGGGGGCAGACGGAGGACGAGACGGAGACAGCCACCCCUCCACGAUGGGGUGUAGGGAGUUCUUUGCUCCUUGGGACAUUUCUGGUUUCUGGACAUCUCGUCGUUAAUAUCGCAGGUCCGUCAGCUAUUGUGUCAAUGGUCGUAGCGGCUCUGGCGGCUACUCUGUCUGGUCUUUGCUGCUUAGAGUUGUACUGCCGCGCAAGAGAAACCUCCCUCUAUGCAGCCACAUACAGGGUCACAGGAGAGUUCUCGGCAUUUCUCGUCGGAUGGGACGAUAUUAUGCAAAACAUCUUCCUAGUGGCGUCAUGUGCACGUCAGAUCAGUGUCUGCAUCGACUUCCUCACUGGACUGCGAAUCAGAAGCUUUUACGUGGACGACCUCGGUUGGGUGCUCGGUCAGUCAGAUUACCCAGACCUCCUUGCGGGCUGCAUAGUGAUGGCAUGCACUUGGGCGCUCUGUCUGCGCAUGUGUCAACUUCACAAAUACUGGCAUUUUGUGAUGACGGCACUCGUGAUGACAACUGUUGGUUUCGUCAUGAUUUCGGGGCUCUUUUACCUUCGAAGAAGAAAUUUCCAGGGAGAGUUUUUCUUCCAUGGCUCUGAUGGAAUGCUAGCUGGGGCCGGGUAUGGCUUCUUGAUCUUUGCCUCCAUGUUCACGAGGAGAACUUCAAUGCGCCGCGUCAGCUCUGCUGGGGGUAUGAAGUUUCCAACACUAUUCGUUGUAUUGUCUAUGACGUCACUCGGCGCCAUUAUGACGACACUGACCAGUGUGAUUGUGUCGCUUGCUGAGUUUCCUACAACCAAUGGGACGUACACAACUCCAUUGCUGGAGACCUAUGCAAGAACCGAGAAUAUUGUUAUCACAGAUAUGAUCGCAUCUGUUAGUUUACCACUAUUGUUAUUCUUACUUGUCCAUUGUCUGAUCUCCGCCGUUAUAAGUGUGACGUCACUGACCUCGCACGGACUCCUUUGGAAGUUGUUCCUGAACAGUGAGGGGUCCUCCCGACCAACUGUGGCCGUACUCAGUUGCGGCAUCGUGACGACCUUCUCCGCCAUUUUGUGUCCUCUUCUCACGUUGAUUCUAACGGCUGCAACUAUAGAAAUUGUGAAUCACUUAGUGGCUUCAGUGGCCUGCCUCUACUCUAGAUUUCAAAUGAUUGAGAUCGACGACUUUGCCAAAGAUGAUGACGUCAAUAAAACGUCACUUCCUGGCUACGGUGACACUGACGUCAACGACCAGUCUGACGUCAGAGAUGCAAUUAAGAAAGAUAUAGACAUAGUGAGACAAGAAAUGGCCAAAGAAUCCACAGCAGACGACCACACAGACGAUGACAAAUGUGAAGGCAGAAAUCAUAGAAGCCAGAAAAGGCGCAAUAGAGACAGCCAAUCAACGGCUGAAUCGUCAGACAUGGAUGAAGGUCAUAGUUCUGAGGAAACUGACAUUGAUGCAAUAGUUGCUGAAUACAAGGACCGCAUUAAGGUGGCCGCCAUUAGCGCACCAAACAGGCUCACAGGGGACAAGACCCCUACAGUGAAAUCAGAGCGAAAAGUGAAACUUGCAGUGCUUGGUCUCCUUUUGUCUACGGCAGGGUUGUCUGUGUCACUGAUAACGGCGCCCUUGGGGCUCGGUGAUCAGCGGUACGUCUGGCUCAUUCUGUUUGCCGCUGGGUUCACAAUGAUCAUCCUCUCAGCUACUGGGUUCAUUCUCAUGCAGCCGCAGGACGAGUUGGCUAGCCGGGCCAUUACGUACAAGGUGCCGCAGUUCCCAUGGAUACCAAUUAUGGCGGUGGUGGUCGGGGUGCAUCUUCUCGUGAGAAUUCUCGAGAAGACGUGGUUGUUGACAGGGAUCUCGCUCGUUGUAGGGAUCGUCAUCUAUUUCACGUACGGUAUUCGAAACAGCGCCGAGGCUCCAGCCAACUACAGCAGAGACGAGGAGGUGGUGCUGCUUGGGCCGUUUCCAAGGAAACGUGUAUUGUCUGAAAUUAUACGUAACCACCGGAGAAGGAAACGAAAGAAAGGAUCAAAAGAAAGAUUAGACACUGUUUUAAUUCAGUGAAUACCUUUAAGCUUGCACUCAAAAGAAAUCCAUAAAUCUACUGUUAUCAUCUAUUAACAUUAUUUAAGUUAAUUUAAGUUUGGAAAUGGUGUUUCGUGGUGAAAAUAUUUGGAAUUUUAUCGUUGAUGAUUUGCAUAUUUUUUAAUGUUGUACUGCUGUUAGUUAUCAUCUCAUUUAUGAAAAGAAAGAGCGACGAUAUAUUGUGGGAAAAUGCUCCAUUAGAAGUGACAUUUAUCGUGUCAUUUCCAUUCAUUUAGAGGGAUUCAUAUCAUUUCAGAAACUGUUCAGUCUCACCCGAAUAAUAGCUAUUUAGCAAAGUUAUAUAAGAUAAAUUCAAGAACAAUUGUGUCUGUUAAAUGUACGUUUUCUAUUAUUUUUCAAACUUUAUUUGGAAGGUACGAAACAUGUUGUAGAUAUUGGAUAAAUGUUUUGAUUUUUUGUUGUACUUUUUUUCUUUUGCACAUGUAUUUUGAAUUUUUCAGUGAUAUCUUUGGCAUAAUAGGGUCGCAUUUUCAUGUCAGAAACCAUUCCAUAAAGACAUUGUUGUACGAGCCAUGAAGCAAUGUUGAUUAAUGGCAUCACAUCGCCUUGGUGACGGGUGGUCAAUUAUUACUUCACACCCCUUGAUUGUAUGUAAACAGAAUCAAAGUGGUACUUUUAUGCGCAUUUUCAAGAAAAAUCAUUAUUUAGAUAAGGGGGUUUUUGGAUUUGAUAUCCUAAGAUGAAACGCGAUUUUUGCAAGUGUUUCAGUUAUGUUUCUGUUUUAUGAGGGCAAGGAGCUCAAUUCAUCCUGUAAUUUGACAUCUUUAAAGUUCUUGCCAAAUACAUACGAUAAGUUUCAUUUAUAAUUUACUCUACAUAUAUUAUCUAGUAUUUGACAAUAUGUUAUAAAAAUAUUACUCAAUAUAAACGCAACAAUCACACUUUUUAAUAUAAUUUAAUAAAUAUAUUUCUAAAUUAAA